AUGUGCAGUGCUCUGUGCAUCUUAUUGGCUCUUCUGAGUCGCUUCCUGUUUGUAGUCCAUGAUGUGCUGAAGGUGUGGCACAUGGUGGAGGAGACUGGAGAACCUACCUAUUGGCUGCUGUUGGGUGUGGCACUUCUGGGGAUCGAAAUGGCCAUCACAAUCAAAUACACACGUAAUGCGGAAUGGAAAUGGUUCUCCCCAAUGGUCUUUCUAUCCCUGAGCACUGGUAUUCCCUCUGUUUGGUUGGAGCUGAAUCUCCUACAAUCCAACCUGUCAAUACCAGCACAAACUCUGUCCUUGAAUUCUUCUCCCUGUUCCCUCUUCCUAAAUCUAGCCCAUUUCCCCUCGACAUCUGGGUUGUCAGAACCUGAUCCUGAAAACUUGGAGGCUCUGGUGCAGACCAUGCUGAUCGUUCUGGUUCUGGGCUGCUGGCUGAUGCCAAAGGGGUCAAGAGAUCAGCUCUCUCAACUGCUCAUGGUUUACGUGGGUCUUGGUGCCAAUAUCCUGGACAUGUUUGACACUUUCAAGGAGCCACAGGUGAAGACCAAGAAGGCAGUGAUCAUUGUUGGACUCAGUUUGUUCUCCUGGGUCUUGAUGCAGUUUCCACUUGUUCUUACCCAGACGAGCAAAUCCAGUGUGAGGCCACCCACCCAACUGUUAGCUGGCUGUACUAUUUCCUGCUGCUCUAUUGAAAUCUGGAGCAUUUUGUGGUGUCUGCAGGAUGGAGCAUUCCUUAUUUACCUUAUUUACUUGAUGGUAUGUGUGAAUGUUCUGAACCAGCUGAUGAUCUUCUUCACUUACAAGAUCAUCCUCAUUGUUUUGCAACCUCAGAGGUUUUGGAAGUUUAAACUUACUCAAAAUGAAACCGUAUCAUCAAGUUUUAGAUUCUUAGAUUUUACUUAG